UUGUAUUAUUUAUUCAAAGCAGUGUUCUUAAGGUUCAUUGAAUAUAGAUGCAUGUGGGAAAUAACGCCAAUAAAAACCUCGUUCUGAUAUUUUCUAACUCCCAUCGUCACUGAAUGCAUCAAAACAGUCAAAAGCUUCGAUCUCCUUUACUACAAUGAACAUCAUGUCUUCUUCCCAAUCCACCGUGUCAUAUUCUCAAUCUAAUCCCAAAAUUGAUGAGGUGCAAUGGAUCAUUCAGAUCCGUCGAACCCUUGAAUCAGACCUCGAGGAUGAUGAGGAAAUCCCCGUUUGCAUUUUCAAUGUCCCCAAAGCUCUUCUGGCCACCAAUCCAGAGUAUUAUAUUCCACAAGAAGUUGCUCUGGGUCCUUACCACUUCUGGCGUCCAGAGCUGUAUGAGAUGCAGAGGUAUAAGCUGGCGGCAGCAAAGAGAAUUCAAAAGCAACUCAAAGACCUUAAGUUCCAAAAUCUUGUUGACCAAUUGAUGCGGCUUGAACAGAGGAUCCGAGCGUGCUAUCACAAGUAUUUGGAUUGGAAUAGUGAGACGUUAGCAUGGCUGAUGGCUGUAGAUGGGUCAUUCCUGCUCGAGUUCCUUCAAACGUACGCCGCCCACGAAGGAAAGGGGCUAGCAAGAAUUUCUUCCAGGAUGUCACACUUGGUUGACCAUGCAGGAAUGAAGUCAGCACAUAACGCAAUUCUCAGAGAUGUGGUAAUGCUCGAGAAUCAAAUCCCUUUGUUUGUAUUGAGGAAGAUGCUAGAAUUCCAGCUAUCAUCCCUAGAGUCUGCGGAUGAUCUGUUGCUUUCAAUGCUAAUGGGGUUAUGCAAAGCGCUUUCGCCUUUUAAGGUGGGGGAAAACCUGCCAAAGGUUCAAGUCUCCCAGAGCGCCCACUUGCUAGGCUUUUUGUACGACACGAUCGUGCCCAAAUUGGAAGACCCAGUACCGGAAAUCACCGAAGCUAUAGGGGAACAUAAUGAAGGCAUGCAAGGGGACGAAAACUCUUCUGCAGACCGAGGUUACGUGAAACAACUCCUAGGUGAGGUUUGGAAGCUGCUUUCGAGAUUACACGUCGCCCCUAUACAUCUUAUCAAGAAGGUACUCGUGUCUAGACCCGUAAAAGUCAUCAUAAAAUUGCCUUGGACAAUACUCUCUAACCUUCCUGGAUUCAGCAUCUUAAAACAACCUGUGGAGUUGCUUUUUCCCCAAAAUAAAGAAGCAGUCAAGCCAGACAAUGAGUCUUCAAGCUCAGAGGACAGCAGAAGCAAACCACCAUCGGUAGAGGAAAUCACGAUCCCCUCUGUAACAGAACUUAUAAAAUCAGGGAUUCGUUUCUCACCCACAAAUGGCAGCAUCUCGAGCAUUGCUUUUGACGCAAAGACAGUCACAUUAUACCUCCCCACCGUUAGCUUAGAUGUUAACUCGGAGGUAACUUUGAGAAACUUAGUAGCAUAUGAAGCUUCGAUUGCAUCAGGACCAUUGGUUUUUACGCGUUACACUGAACUGAUGAAUGGAAUUAUUGACACUGAGGAGGAUGUGAAAGCACUUAGAGCAAGAGGUAUCAUUUUGAACCGUUUGAAAAGCGAUGAAGAGGUGACAAACCUAUGCAACGGAAUGAGCAAGUCGAUCAGAUUGACAAAAGUGCCAUUCUUAGACAAGGUGAUUGAAGACGUGAACAAGCAUCACAGCCGCAGAUGGAUUGUUAAAGCUGGCAAUUUCUUCUAUAUUUACGUGUUUGGGUCUUGGCAAUUUCUCACAUUUCUUGCCGCAAUUUGCCUUAUGGUCUUGAUGUCAUUGCAAGCGUUUUGUUCAGUUUAUGGCUGCACUCGCGUUCUUCCAGUCAAGACCGUUAAUACUGGAACAUGAUAGAGAUCGAUCGAUGUAGCUAGCUCGAUCGGAGGUGCUUAGAUCUUUACUCUAUCGUAAUUAAGAACUGAGAUUGGUAACUCAUUUCUCCUUCUGGGUUGAGAUUUCUCGGGAAAUAGUUUGCAUAAUUUGUUUUUUUCUCGCUAGGGCACGAGAAUAUAUAUAGUUUCUGUGAGUUUCUACACUUCUCUAGGAAAGUUGCUUGGUUUGAUGCUUUCUUACUUUUCUUUCUUGCUCUUUCGAAGGUUGUGGGAAUGUCACGAUGACAAUAUAUUGUAUUAUUGGUAGCUUGUUAACGACUGUAAUGAUGAGUGCUCAAAUCCUUUUGCUCUCAAUUUCCUAAAAAAAAGGAAGAUCUAAGUUGCCUA